AUGGUGACUACCUUUUCUGAAUUGUAUGGCACUUUAUAUGAUGGAAAGAAGGUUUCAGACACACCUGAAAUAGCAACCCUACUCCACAGAUUCCUGACCGAGGCUAAAUUAUCAAAGAUAUCAAAAGAGGACCUAGAUAACCUGAAUGCCAAGAUUACGGUAUCAGAGGUUUUGGCAAUAGUUAAAGAAUUGAAAAGAGGUGGGCUGGUUCGAGUUUGUAGUGAACCUGGCAUGAACAUGGCUGGUGUUAUCCGGAUCCCUGAAGACGCGGUCCUGGUCCGUGGUCUGGGCCUGCUGCAAAACCUGCGGGCAGGAGGAAGCUCUGUUCAGCCGUCAACUUCCCAAGUCAAGGUCUCUAUCUCCUUUGAAAGUCUAACCUUUCAUAAGGUGAUUGGAAAAGGCAGCUAUGGAAAGGUCAUGUUGGCAUCAUCGUCUUGCUGUAAAGAAUUACUUGCAGUUAAAGCCAUAAGACUGAAUUCUCUGCUAGAAGGGGCUAGAAAGCGCACACAGGUGGAGCGCAGAAUACUUGACAUCGCUAAGAACUGCCCCUUUCUGACACAUGCCUAUGCUGCAUUCCAGAAUAUGGAUUAUGUCUUCUUUGUGAUGGAGUGGUUGAGAGGUGGGGAUUUGCUGCAUCACAUACAAAAAAAUGGGCAGCUUUGCAUUCAGAGAACAAGAUUCUAUGCAGCAGAGAUUGUUUGCGGAGUCCAAUUUUUGCAUUCCAGGAAAAUCAUCCAUCGGGACCUAAAACCAGAAAAUAUUCUUCUGGAUGGACAAGGUCAUGUAAGAAUAGCGGACUUUGGCCUUGCAGCUGACAAUGUAGAUGGCUGGAUAAAAGGACCUAUCAUGGGAACACGUGGAUACAUUGCUCCAGAGAUGUACUUACGGAGGAGAUACAAUGCCGCUAUUGACUGGUGGGCCGUUGGUGUAAUCAUUUGCGAAAUGGCAACUGGGAAGCAACCAUUCGACAAGAAACUGACCUUAGGUAAUUUCAAGGCAUCAGUUGUCUGGGAUGAGCCAUUUUAUCCUGAGUGGCUUGGACUCUUAGAAAAAGAUCUUGUUACCAAGCUCCUUUGUAAAAGUCCACUGAAAAGACUGGGUACAAAUGAUGACAUUCGCCUCCAUCCUUUUUUUAGUCCUAUUGAUUGGGUGAAACUGGAGCAGCAGAAACUUGAGCCCCCAUUUGUACCACAGGCAUAUCAUCUUCAAAAGCCUGGAGCAUGCCAGUUUCACCAGUCUCUUAAAAGGACAUUUAAUGCUGUUCAGCUUUUGUCUAAGGCAUGCAAGAGAGCUUACCACCAACUCUCUAACAGUGCCAUUAAAGAAUAUCCACCUCUACAAAAUCCAUAUGCACUAAGUCACAGGUCUCCUUCAGUGGCAUUUAAAAAAAAAAAAAGCUGCAGUGAGUUUCAGAUUUCCAACUCAAUACGAUCUCUGCGAUGA